AUGGCAUCGACAACAGUAGCAGCGGCAUCUGCAACGACAUCAGCAUCGCAGAUGGUUUCUUCGCACGCGGAUCAAGGGGACGCUUUCCGUUCGCUGUACAUUCACACGCACGACGUUUCACGCUCCCUCAAGCCCUCUGCCGACGGAGAGCUGGCCCACGCCAUUCAUCAGACACUCCAUUUCGCCCUCGAUGGACAUCCCGAUGACUACACGCCAGCCUCGCCCAACUCGGGCGCGGGCUCAGGCUGUGACCCGCUCGCCACCAUGCCCACAUCCGCGGCCACGAAUGGUGCUUCGACGUCGUCUUCGUCGUCUUCGUCCGCAGCUGCAUCCGGGGACAGCGUCGUCAAGAAAGGCUUCUUCCCCACACACGACCACGAGCGCCCUUACAUUUCUUACCAUUGGAAUUCGCGUACGGCGACAUUGGCACUGCCCAACCCGGCCACCAUUACCAACCCCAUCGCCGACCCCUGCUCGCCAGAUCACAGAAGCUCGUACGACAUUACCGCCAAGUUCUUCUUCCUCGAUCCCAACGAUCUCUCGCCAAGUCUGGUCGAUGAUGCCUUGUCACGGCUGACUUCGACGACAGGAAUCAUCACCAUCGACACACUUGUCCUCUCCUUCCCGACCCUCGAUCUCGACUCGAGGCCGCACAAGCACUUCCAAUCGCAGCACGAUUUGGGUUUAUCCGACGCGCAGCAACAGAGCACGGGCGAGACUGCCGCCGGGGUGGCUGCAGUGAUCCAGGUGUGGUCGCACGUCUCGCAGAAUCCGCAGCUAUUCUCACUCGGUCUGUCCGAUGUUUCGGCUUCCAACCUGCAACUGCUCCUCGCCUCGCUCUCUCCACCCGUGCAGCCGCCGUCGGUGCCGCUCUUUUCGCCUGCAAUCCCACUCUCCACUGCGACAGACGCACCGUCCUCCAGCACCGCCCAACCUGCGCUUGCUGACUCAGAUGUUCCUUCCUCCUCGACCACUCACAACCCGCCCACGCAACACUUCGGAGACACAGGCUCGUUUUGGAACAUCGAAUACUCGAUCGUUAGCUCCGCGCGUCGUCCACGCCUGGUCUCGAUCAACGUCAAACAAGACCCUUGCGCUUUCGAUCGCCAGUUCGACCAGUACUGCACCAGCAUGGGCAUCCAGCUCGUCGCCCAUUCCGACCGGAAGGAUGUCUUGCCACAGAGGACUCUGCCGGCUCUGAUGGACGAGUUCAGCGACAAGUUGCCCGUCAAGCUCCAACCGGGCAAGCAACUCAGGCCGAAAUGGGCGUUGAAGUACACGACGCUUAUCAGAGAUAGGGGGGUGCUGGCCGACAAGGGGUACAUCGUCUUUGUGUCCACUGACUAG